AUGCUCUUUACCAACGCCAUCGUCGUCUUUGCUCUCAGCGUCUCUGUCAACGCCUUUCCCCAGCCGUACCCAAACAAAUGUGGCGACCAAGUUUGUCCUGCUGAUAAAGCCAAGUGCUGCGAAGUCAUUAUCAAUGGGGUCGCUGAGCUUGGAUGCUUUGCUGAAUGCCCACCGAUUCAAGCCCUUCAAAAUCGCGAGGAACCAUUGGCCACCACUGCAGCCUCUCCGUCUAUUCCCUCCUUUGGACCUAAGUGCGGAGACUCUUUCUUCUGCCCUGUUGGCCAGGUCUGCUGCCCUGAUGCACUUUACCACUGUGCCGACCCUGACAAGGUCAGCGGACAGUGCCCCUGUGCAGAGUGUGAUGACAUUAUUGUCGUUGAUGUGGAAAAGGAUGGCCCUGGGUAG